CCAUAGGGCAGUGGCUCGAAUAGAACGCCCAGGACACGGACGGCAACCCAGGACAACAACGCGCGCCAGCUCGGCCGGCCGCAGUGCCGACGGUCCACUGAAAACUAAACAAAUAAGCGGUUCACCGCUCUUCCUUAAACGCAAUACUUCACCUUAAAGCGAAAUCACAACAAAAAUACGCUUUAUAACCCCUCUUGAGGCAGGGAUAGGAUAGCAAAUCAUUAAACGUCUGUCUUUGGAUUUUUCAGUGGAUUACUCUCAAAUUCGCGUCUGAAAUAAAAAGCUCGUUUUUGUGUUUGACGCAGUUUUGCAGUUUCGGGAUCAAAAGGGGUAGCAGCAGUAUGGGCACACGUUUUCCAGUGUACUUCCUCAAAAUUUAUCUGCAUGAUGUGAAUAAUUACUUCUUGGUGUUUGUUACUUCUUUGUGCGACAUUUGGUGUUGUAUGCAUCAUAAUUAGUACUGAUUUGUUGUUUUUUGUUGUUGAUUUUUGUUUGUUUCUCUUUGAGUGUCUUAUGAAUGAAUGCUUGCAGUAAAUUUUAGGUGAGGGUGUUAUUGACCAUCCACACAUGUUUUUAGGGAAAAGAUUACAUUUCGAUAGAAACGCGCCCUCUUUUCUACUCGAAACCCAUACCACGUCUGCACCACGCGGCACUUUAAUGCUAUUCAUAGUCACCUUCAUCUGCAUCUUUUUAUUUUCCUUGUUUUACUCCUUCCCGAAAUGCAAAAUGCAGAUUUUAAUAUCGUUUCACUUUAUCAUCACGAAAACGUUUUACUUGAGCGCAGUUUUCCCGGUAGCAUUCGGUUUGCUCGCGGCGGUGCGCUUCGUCUUGCCCCCGUAGAGCGCCCCGUGUGGGUAGGCAACCCGGCCGCGGGGAUGCCUGGCGGGACAGCAUCGACAAAACAUCAGGCGCGCAGCACCGCCGCGGGCGGACAGACUUAUUUCCAUUUCAAUGAGAGAUCCAAAUAAAAAAUCUUCCGAUGUAACGUCGUCUAACUAACUUUACCCUCAAAGAAAACAAAUGUCGGUCCUCCCUCUCUUUGUUUGUCGCCCCCGGCUCCGUCCGGCGCGCCCCGCCCCGUCUCACCCCCGUCUCUCGCCUUGGGUUGCAGGUGCGGCCGCCAAGCGGUACAACUGCACGUCCUGCCCGUACCAGACGGACCGGCGGGACCUGUACACGCGGCACGAGGCGAUCCACCUGGCCGAGAAGCCGUUCCACUGCUACGCGUGUCAGAAACAGUUCAACCGCGCGGACCACGUCAAGAAGCACUUCCUGCGCAUGCACCGCGACCAGCCGUACGACCUGAACCGCAUCCGGCGCCACGCCAGCCGCGGCGGCCACGCCGCUCACGCCGCGUCCAAACCGCCCAGCCCGGCGGUCACCACCUCCGCCACCGCGACCGUGACCACGGCCACGCCCACCGGCAAUGGCAGCGCCACCAUGGCCUUCUACACCAAGUUCGGCAGCGCGGCGGCCGGGACACAGACGCUCGCCGACUCGCUCGCCGACGAGGACGUGAACGGCGCGGCCACCACCUCGCAGCAGGACGAACAGGAACUGCAGCAGGAGCUGCAGCUGCAGCAGCUGGAGCAGGAGCAGCUCGAACUGGAGCAGCAGCAGCUGCAGCAGCACGAGCUGCAACUGCAACAGCAAGAGCUGCAACAGCUGCAGCAACAGCAAAUUAUCCUCCAGACGCAGCCGCUGCACCCCCAGCAGGCCCUCAACGUCCCCAACAUGGCCAACUAUGCGACGAGUGCCAGCAGACUGCUCGCGACCUCUAACGGCCACGUGCUCAAAACUGCCCCAAUGAUGCAGCAGAGCGUGGUUCAGCUGCAGAUGCCCUCCGUCAUCACAGAUUCGUCCUCCAAGGUAGUGGCUGGUGGUGGUGGUGGUGGAGUUGGUGGCGGUGUUGGUGGCUUAGGCGGUGGAGUUCGCGAGAGUGGUGGCGGCGGUGGCGGCAGCGUGGUGGUGCCUGAGGUUGUGGUUCAGGUCGGCGCUGGCGGCGUGGUCCAAGCGGACGACGCGCACGACGCGCACGAGGUGCCCCGCACCAAGGGCGGGCGCGAGAAGCGCUACCCGUGCCCGUACUGCACGUGGUCCGGCGUCGACAACUGGUGCCUCAAGCGCCACCUCAACACCCACCUCAAGCCCUUCGUGUGCGCGCUGUGCGACUAUAAGGCGGCGCGCACGGAACGCCUGCAGACGCACGUCCUCAAGGUGCACAACAAGCGCAGCUGCAUCCGCUGCACGUUCAUGGCGGACGACCAGAACCAGCUCAACGUCCACCUGCAGGAGCACCAGUGAGUAGCCGUAGUCCUGAUCCCCUAUCCCCGCCCUCUUCCCUCUCCCUAUCCUUGUACCCCAUCACCCCCACACAUUUCUGCGUAUGCGCAGGCUUGUGUUCGCGCCGAGCCCUGGUGAGGAGACCCUUGUAAUUGGCUGGAUGAUCGCACAAGUGCAUGUUGCCUGCUCUACUGCUGCCUGCGCGGUGGUGGUCGUUGGUAGUUGGUUGGUGUGGUCAUCUUCCGUGGUGGGUGUUAGAGAGGCCCGUGGUACCUGCGCGGUCUCGACGUUGUCGGUUACACGGUUAGACUUCAGUUAUGAUCGAUCCGGUAGGAAAGGCUUGUUGUUGCUGUAGUCUUAGCGGCUCGGUUAAAUAUGCUGCAUCUUCAUACGUUAUUUUCAUCAUCAUUAUCAUCAUCAUCAUAAAGCUCUUUUUGUAAUCGAAAUAUUUGUGUUGUUUUCUUUUGCCGUCCUAUAGCGGACAUUUUUAUUUAUUUCUCGAAGUUAAAUAUUUAUUAUUUGUUACGAGGAUGUUCCCUCCGUUUUAAUUUAGUUCAUUUUGUUGUGUUAAAUAUUGUGUUUCUAGUCAAGUAUGUAUCAAUACUAAUCAUUGGGACGCGUUGUCGUGUCCCAUUCUGGCAUCAUAGAUGCACAGUUCAAAAAGUUGAAAGAAAUGUAACAUUACUGAGUGGCUGCUAAGUCACACACCUCGUAUGAUCUCUGGGCGCGGUUCUUUUUUCACGAUACUGUUGUUUUUCAGUGGAAGUCCAUCAUCAAUUUACGGAUGCCAAACGUCCUUAGAAAAAAGACUGCUGUAAUAUUGUGUUUCUAAGGCAACGUAUUUUGCUAUUAAUGUAAGAUGUGUUGAUGCUAUUAGCUCUCUACUUAUGGAUCUCAUCCUGCCAUUGACGCAUUAAAACGUGAUAGAAAGAUAUUAAUUGACUUGGUAUAGUGUAAUUUCAUUGGUUGUAUGUGCCACUUACGGCGAUCAUAUGUCACUAAAUUAUUCAAUAAAUACGUAGGUAAUAAAUGUACUAAUGUUAACAAACUUCUUCCGUCAGAACUACUGUCUAUGUCUUUGUGUUCACAUCAAUAUUUAUUAUCUAUGUUUGUAUUGUCUUAAUGUCGAAAUCAUAUUGAAUUUCUUCCAUGUUUUUUUAUAAUGUAGUGUAUUUCGGUGUAAUCUGUCAUUCAUUUUUAUUUUUGUACAUGAGAUUAGCUGUUUGAUUAUUCUACGAGGGCUUCAGAAGUCUUCUUGACUCUUAAAUUUAAUUCCUAAAUUUAAGUAGUUUCAUUGUCGGAUAUCUAGAGCGAAAUGCAUCUUUUUUACGAUUCAUUAAAAGUGGCGUGCUUUGUUA